AUGGGCGAAGCAACAACGGUGUACUCUGACAAACGCGAAACUUACUCGGGUAUAAAAAACACAUACCUUACAAAACUCAAUAUCAAUCUUAAAGCAAGAAACGAAGACGAUGAGUACCUCCAAAUUGAUUAUGAAAUUGAAAAACCGCGUUCUAUUUCAAAACCUCUAAAAAUCAAAAAAGAUAAGAGUUCUAUCGGUGACGAUGUACUCAAAUUUAUGCUUAAGCGCAGCACGAGCGACGAAGUUGCCGCGUGCUCUCCGCCUGACAAUUAA